GAGUUCAGUUACCAAAUAUAGCUGCCUUGGAUAAGAAUUAUUCAGUCACAGAAGGGCAGAUGCUGUGAGGCUCUGUCACAGUAGCUCUCAGUGUGGACCAAGCAAAUCUUGAUGCCUAACUGAAGGGAUUUUAUGUACAGCCAUUGGAAAUACAGAAAAGGAACUAUUUGUCUGAGCUUUCGGAAGAUAUUGCUUCUUUUUGGAUUUGUACUCCAGAACAUUAAGCAUGCAAGACUGCAGCAGUGACCACGCUGUCCCUUUGUCUCUCAUGCUUAAGGAGGCCUAUUCAGCUGAGAAAAGGGCACAAGAGGAGUUCAGUGAAAGCAUGUCAGAAGCAUCUUCUCAUGAUGGCUACUUUGAUUCUGUAUCAGACCUGCAGGAUGAUGAAGGUAUAAACUAUUCUGCAGAACUGUCUGCUUUCCUCAGCCAAGAUGAAAUUAAUAAAAGCUUGGAUCUUGCAAGGGAAGCCAUUGACUGCUGCUUGACAGAGGAAACAAACUAUGGGCAAGAAUUCACACACUUUUUUGGUACACCUGUAUUUGAUUUCCCCGAAACUUCAGAAACUGUGACUCUGCAUAAUACUGGACUUGCUCAAGAGGAUGCAUCUCUGCCUUCUUAUCUGAGCUUCCAGAGUGCAUUGCCAGAAACUGAGUCUAAUACUGAUGCAGAAAACAUAGCCACACAACUGGAACACAGUCCAAGUAAUACAGACUCCUCAAAAACCACUGCAGUGACACAAUCCAGCCCUCUCCAGGCUGAAUCUUCAGCUUUCAAAAAGUUUGAAAGGCAUUUUGCUAACAUCUCAGAUGUGGCAAAGGACACGCAAAGUCAAAGCCAAGGAAGCAUCAAAGUGUUGCAGACUGAUUCUUCAUCAAAGAGUGAGGCAGGCAACAAAGCUGCUUCGUUCAUUGAGGAGCUGUCCUCCAUUUUUAGAGUUGCAGGAAAAUCAAAAGGGAAAAAUCAUAAUGAAGAUUCCUCUUCACCUGAUAGUGGGUAUUUGUCUCCUAAGACACAGUCAGCUACACACUGCACUUCCAGUGACAAUAGUAGCAAAGCCCCUCAGCAGGAAAACGUUCAUUGCAAGCCAUUAUCAGGAGUGGAUAUGGAAGCAGCACCUAAUGAGCAAGACGAUCAUGUGGUGGAAGGAAUGGCCCAGGCUGAUGAUGUCAGUGGCUCUGUUAUGGCACCAAGGUUUAUUCAGAAGCUGAAGAGUCAAGAGGUUGCAGAAGGAAGCAAAGUUCUGCUUGAGUGCAGGGUAAUCGGAAAUCCAACUCCACAAGUUCGAUGGUUUUGUGAAGGGACAGAACUGACAAAUUCACCUGACAUUCAGAUUUGUCAGAAUGGUGAUUUCAACACGUUAGUCAUCACUGAAGCCUUUGAAGACGACACCGGACGUUAUACUUGUGUGGCUGAAAACAUAGUGGGAUCAGAUACCACGUCAGCUGAAGUUUACAUUGAAGGUGCCAGUUCAACUGAUUCAGAGGGAGAGGGUUCAAUGCUAAAAGCCAAACCUGGAGCCAUGCCACAGGCCCAGAAGAAAACUACCUCUGUUUCUCUCACAAUAGGGUCCCCCUUUCCAAAGGCUGGGGUGACAACUGCAGUGAUUCAGCCCCUCUCAGUGCCAUCUCAACAGUGCCAAAGCCCUACAACGUUUCUAUAUCGACAACCUGGCCUAAGCUCUCCUUUUUCUGCUCCUGUGUUCACGAAGGUGUUACAGGAUGUCACUGCAUCAGAGGGACAGGUCGUUGUACUGGAGUGCAGAGUCAGGGGAGCAAGUCCUUUACAUAUCCAGUGGUUUCGACAGGGAGAGGAGAUUCAAGAUUCACCAGACUUCAGAAUCCUUCAGAAAAAACCACGUUCUGCAUCUGAACCUGAGGAGAUCUGUACUUUGGUGAUUGCCGAAACCUUUCCUGAGGAUGCAGGAACAUUCUCGUGUGUGGCAUGCAACCAGUUUGGAUCAGUAACAAGCACAGCACAACUUUUCGUUUGCCCUGCCACUGAAGAAAGUACUAGAAAUGGUAUCAUGGAUGAUGACUUUAUGGAUAGUGAUUUCCAGCAAUUUCCUCCUCCACCUCCAUUGACUGAAGUUAGCUGCUUGGAACUUCCUCCUAAGAAAUCAGUUGAAAGUGUUAAACCAAAUGUGGCAGAGCUUCAGUUACAAAUCAGUCCCGUAGAGAGCAGGCCAAAUGGAUUUCAGUCUGAUCAUGGGAUGAAUGGAAUGCUGAAUGGCAAGACAGAUAACGAAAGCUCUAUGCCUAGUCCUCAAGUUCUUCUGUCUCCUGUGAAGGAACCACCACCACUGCCUGCCAAACCCAAGCUAGACCCCUUACAGAUACAGAAACUCCAAAACCAGAUUCGACUGGAACAAGAAGGCUUUGUGUGGCAACAAGAUAGUGUUCUGCAAACAAAUCCUCCACCUUCUCCACCUCUGCCACCUCCUCCAUCCUUCCAGGAGCUUGAGUCAAGCCAGCUGCUUUCUCCAACUGCACAAAUGAAUGUUCUUAAUACCCACAGUCCUUCUACAAUGCAGCCAACAAGCACUUUUAACUAUGCCAGGCCCAAGCAGUUUAUAGCAGCUCAGAACAUUGGACCUUCUUCUGGAUAUGUGACUCCAUCAUCUGGCUCUUCCAGUUCCAGCCUUCCAUCACCAAUGUCUCCAUCCACUCCUCAGAAACAGUUUAAUAGAGUAAUCCUUCCUGCCUAUCAGCAGCAAUAUUCUAAUGAGGGAGACACCCUGUAUCCCCCCUCUUCCCCAUCUCCUCCUCCUCCCCCUCCACCUGUCUUCAGUCCCCCUGCUAGUUUUGCUCAAGAUAAUUUUCCGCUGCCUCCACCACCUCCUCCUCUGCCACCAACUACACCACCUUCAUCAUACAGUCCAUGCUCCAGUGACAGAAUGUCUCCAUUCGCUAGCCACACACCGUCUGCCUUCCUGAGCUCCAUACUGCCUUCUCAGCCAAUAUCACCCAUUAAUACACGACUUCCCAAAGGUGUGACACCACUGGGAUUCCCAAGAAAAAACAGCAGAACUAUGAGGAUUGCAUCUGACGAGGAGAUUCAAGGGACAAAGGAUGCUGUCAUUCAGGACCUGGAAAGAAAACUGCGAUUAAAAGAAGACUUACUAAACAAUGGUAACCAGAGAUUGACCUAUGAGGAGAAGAUGGCUCGUCGGUUACUAGGUGCUGACACUGCUGCAACUGUUUUUACUUCUCAAGAUUCAGAAGAUGAUUCUGUACCGCAGGAACUCGGCUCACUUGAUCCUUCUGUAGGGACUUCUGGUGACACUCAAAAGGAAUACAAAGUGUCAAGCCUUGAGCAGAGACUGAUCAGUGAGACGGAGCAUCGUCUGGAACGUUCCGCUACUGAAGAUUCAGAUGAUGAGGUGCAGCAUGGCGACAUUCCAGAAGAGAAUUGUGUUGCACCUUUCUUUGAGAACAAGUUGAAACACUACAAGGUGUUUGAGGGGAUGGCUGUGAAAUUUACCUGUAAAGUCAUUGGAGCCCCAAAACCAAAGAUCUACUGGUUCAAAGAUGGAAUGCAGAUAUCUAAAACAAAUGAACACUAUAAGAUUCAGGGAGAACCUGAUGGGACUUGCUCACUUGAAACUACGUAUUCCACUCUUGAUGAUGAUGGCAUUUAUACCAUUAUGGCUGCCAACCCACAGGGUCGAGUAAGCUGUACUGGAAGGCUAAUGGUGCAAGCUGUCAAUCAAAGAGGGCGGACAGUCAGAUCUCCCACCGGAAUGCCUCAUGUCAGAAGGCCAAGAUCCCGCUCCAGAGAUAGUGGAGAGGAAAAUGAGCCAAUCCAAGAACGUUUCUUCCGACCUCACUUCCUACAGGCUCCUGGAGACAUGAUUGUCCAAGAAGGGAAAUUGUGUAGAAUGGAUUGCAAGGUGAGUGGAUUGCCAACCCCUGAUUUAAGCUGGCAGCUCAAUGGAAGGCUGGUCCGUUCUGACAGCUCUCAUAAAAUGCUUGUGCGUGAGAAUGGAGUGCACUCUCUCAUUAUAGAACCAGUCACAGCCAGAGAUGCUGGUAUCUACACAUGCAUCGCUAGCAACAGAGCAGGACAGAACUCCUUCAACCUGCAGCUCAUUGUAACAGCUAAAGAGGAACUCAAAGCUCCAUUUUUUAUUGAAAAACUGCAAAACACUGGAGUGGCGGAGGGAUACCCAGUGAGACUAGAAUGCCGUGUUGUCGGAGUGCCACAGCCUCAAAUUUUCUGGAAGAAGGAAAAUGAAUCAUUCACCCAAAAUACUGAAAGAAUCAGCACACAUAAAGACAACCAUGGUUACUUAUGCCUACUCAUUCAAGGCACUAAAAAAGAAGAUGCUGGCUGGUACACUGUAUCUGCAAAGAAUGAAGCUGGAAUAAUCUCCUGCACUGCCAGGCUAGAUGUUUACACACAUUGGCCCCAACAGCCUUCAAUCAACAAACCCAAGAAGGUACGCCCUUCAGCUAGCCGCUAUGCAGCACUUUCUGACCAAGGACUAGAUAUUAAGGCAGCAUUUGUGCCAGAAGCAAACCCUGUUCAUCUGAUACCGCACCAUGAGCUAGUAGAAAGCGAUGACCUGUAGAUGCAAUGCCGUACGCAUUUCUUUCAAUUGGAAACAUGUUGAAUGUUUGCCUUAACAGGCAUGACUCAAGUGUCACUUCACCAGUCAAUAAAUGUUCAAAAGACCACGAUCUCCAAAUAGAACACUUAAAAAAAAAAACACAUUACUAUCAAUGGUGAAAUUAUAUAUUAUUUGUUCUGAAUUACAGUUAAAAAAUGGCACAAGGAGUUCACCAUGACUGUACCCAUUGUACAAACGUACUUUUACCAGCCAAUUUGUAAUUUGUAACAAGUAUUUUGCUACACAGUAGCUACAGUCAUUAUGAAUACAUACAAAAGACUUCUAACCAAAUUAUUAUUUUUUUUAUUUUUUAUUAUGUUAUCACACGAUAUCAUCAAGUGCCUUCGAUGAUGAAAUUGUAGUUUAUACCCGUAAAAAGGACAAGCAGUGCAAAUGAAGAGGGUUGAUCUUUCUGAAGUAGAAAAAUGGUACGUUUGUAUACCUUGUUUCUUUGUACUUUGUGUUCUGGGAGGUGCAGUACGAAUGUGCAACACUUACGAAACAUAGAAGAAGAAGAAGAAGAAGAAGAAAGGGGUGCCUACGUAAACAGCAUAUUAAGAUGUCAUCCUGCAGAAUUCUAAAAAGUACAAGAAUAAAUUAUCCACUGACUGUUAUGGGGCCCUUUGGAAGCUACAUUUUAAUAUAAAAACAGAAGGGGCACGAUGUGUAAAAAUGAAAGAAAGCUGUGUUCACUGAUAAUUAAUAUUUCAAUUAUCCCUUUAUACUUGAAAAUUACACACUAAAUAUUCAAACUCAUAACACAGUUGAAAGCAAAGGCUUCAUCGAAAUAUUCCUUUUGUAGAACCCCUGAAAAUCAAACAUUGUUGUCUUUAGUAAAAAGGCUGGGCCUUUCAUGGUUGGUUAGCUGAUGUUUAAUGCAAUAAAUCUUAAAAAAAAAAAUCUGAAACUUUGUAGGCCCCCACAGUUUGACUGCCAGAUGUAAAGUGAUUGUAGAGCGAUGUGGUAAAUACGUUACAGAGAGCCUGUUGAGCAGAUUUUGGUAGCUAGUAGUCAGGAUGAUUAGAGUGUGAGUGAUAACUGAAGGAACAUACCAAGUGUUUACUAGUAUGAAUGACAAAAUGUAUAGUGUGGCCUUACAGUAUGUGAUACUGGAUCAUGUAAGUUAGAAGCAGUGAGCUAAUGUUCCUAGUUUAUUAUAUUGUCUCAUAUUUGUCCAGCCUUGCCAGUCCUAAAACCUAGAGUGUGAAAUGCUUUCUGAUGCAACAAGUGAAUACUUCCCAGGUGAUGCAAAAUGCCACACAAAUCUGGUUUCACCAGUUCUAGCAAAACAGGAGACCAGACUUCCACAUGAAACAGGAGACCGGACUUCCACAUGAGAAAUAAUGUCAUAUUUACUGAACAGCUUCAGUCUACUCAGCAGGAGACAUUUAGAUGGUACAGAUGGACUGUAAUCAAAAGGAAAACACUGUAUUCCUAAUUACAAAAGCACAUUUGUCUUUAUUUAUAAAAAAUGAAAUAUGGUUUGGUUCACCAUAACUAUAUAUCAAGUAUGCUUAGUUUUCUUUGUUGAAAAUGUGUAGUGCAUUAACUUUCAUAUCACUGAAAUAUAUAAAUGUGCUACUUUGUAGAGCACCUAAAAAGCUUACUUUGCUUUUGUGCCCUCCUUUGAAACAAAUGGGUGCUGCCUCUGACAGUAAGCAUUAUUCCUGCAUAUAUACUUUGGAUAUUUCCAAUGUUUGCCAUACUGUAUUCUACUUUUCUGUUAUUCUGAUCAGUUUGUGAAAGACUUGGACAAACUGUGUUUCACAAGUAUUCAGAUUAUUUUGUUGAUGUGACUGCUUUUGCUUAUUUGCUUUUAAGCUUCAAUUGUAGUACUUUUGACCACAUUUUAUUUGUACUUAAAAUAUACCAUCAAUGUUUCUUGGAAUGUUACGUUCCUAUCAAGGGGUUUAAUAUUAAUAAAAAAUAAUGGAUAAA